GCGCUGGGCUGUUGGCAUACUCUGGUUUACUCUCUCAGUCGUAACACCGGUUCUGUGCGAUCUCGAUCGUAUACAUUUUGAAUUCAAGACACUCUCGAAGCAGCAAAUAAAGAAAAGAUGACUAGCACACCGAUUCAUUCCACUGGACGUGGAGGCGCUGGCAACAUCGGCCAAGACGAUACUGUCUAUACCGACGGAGGCCUCGUUCGCGAAGGCAUUCAAGGCGAAUCUGUCGAAGGCGAAUUCUCAACUGGCCGCGGUGGAGCUGGAAACAUGGGCAAGUCGCCUCGUGUUGGCCCGCAGUCUGACGAAGGUCGCCCAGUCGACCUGGUACCCGAGAUCAACCAGCGCAACCCACAGGAAGAGUUUCACACUGGAAGAGGCGGCGCUGGCAACGUCUACAAGGAGAAGCACGGUGGUCACUCUCAGUCCCCAGACCGCCAGGGCUUCGGCGACAAGCUAAAGCAUGCGCUUCACCUUGACAAGAAGAAGGAGCAUGAGCACUCUCCUCUGGCGCAAAAUGAGACGACCAAGUAGUUGCGAUAUACCCGGUUGCGCAAUCUUGGUGGAGGAAAUCAUAAUGUAGUGAGCGUUUGGACGUCAAUGAUACCACGAGUCGUAGUCUCCUUGUGCGAGGCGACCUUGUAUUUGCUUGAGUAAUAUGUUUAGGUUGAAUAAACGAACCCACUCUUUGAAUGU